CCGCGACGCGGACGCGGCGCCGUCGCCAUCGCCCACCUCGGAGUCGCGGAGAGUCUCGGAGUCCGGCGAGUCAGUCACCAGACAGUCCGCCCCGCAGCAACAGUGUUCCCGCCGUCUGCGAGGCGACCCCGACCAGCGUCACACGCAGAGACCAGCAAUGGCGUCCUACCGGGUGGCCGCCGCUGCCGCCGCCCUGGCCGCGGCCUUCCUGUGCUGCCUCACGGUGUCCUCGGCCGCGCCGAGCGAGACGACGACGGCCUGCCCGUCCAACAUCACGCCCGCCAAGCCGGGCGCCGGCGCGUCGCCCUCCAAGGGCGGCACCUACACCACCAAGUACGACAACGUCAACGUCGACAUGAUCCUGCACAACGAGCGCCUGCUCAAGAACUACAUCGACUGCCUGAUGGAGCGCAGGACGUGCUCGCGCGAGGGGCAGCUGCUCAAGGAGAUCAUUCCCGACGCGCUGCAGACCGAGUGCUCGCGCUGCUCCGAGAAGCAGAAGCAGAUCGCCGGCCACAUCAUGUCCUACCUGCUGCAGUACAAGAAGCACUACUGGGACGAGCUGCUCUGCAAGUACGACCCCGAGGGCAAGUUCCGCGAGAAGUACGAGGUCGACGAGGAUGACGAGGAGGACGAUGAAUGAAGAGCUCUGGUCCCUCCUGGUCCCUCCCACCGCUCGCUCACUUUUCGUCGCCAACCGGUGCCUGUGAUAAACUAAGAAAAUAAACCACUUUUGUACCAUAUGACGUAGGAUAAAAAUAAAUAAAAUAGUAUGUAUUGAUAGCGAU